GCAGCAUUGCUGUGGACAGCUGGACAAUACUUUUUAAUGCGGAUUUGCUUACUAUACGUGAUAUAUGAGUCUUUUAUAUCUAUAAAAAUUAAGUCAUUUCUUUUAAAUUUUUUUACUCUUCUAUAUUAAUAAACUGUUAAUUUGAGAAAAUGAUGCUCUUCAUGUUAUUGUUUAGCCGACAAGGCAAAUUAAGAUUGCAGAAAUGGUAUGGUGCAUAUGCUGAUAAAACGAAGAAAAAAAUAACACGUGAAUUGGUUACUACGAUACUGGCCCGAAAGCCUAAAAUGUGCUCAUUUUUGGAGUGGAAAGAUUGCAAAAUUGUUUAUAAACGUUAUGCUAGUUUAUAUUUCUGUUGUGCGAUUGAACAAAAUGACAACGAAUUAUUAACGUUAGAAAUUAUACAUCGUUACGUGGAAUUGUUGGAUAAAUAUUUUGGAAGCGUUUGCGAAUUGGACAUUAUUUUCAAUUUUGAAAAAGCUUAUUUUAUAUUAGAUGAAUUGUUAAUCGGAGGUGAAAUACAAGAAACUUCGAAGAAAAAUGUUUUAAAAGCAAUCGCUUCACAGGAUUUAUUACAAGAGAAGGAAGAGUACUUUUAUACUCUACAAUAAUUUGAACGUUUUAUUUUUGUUUUAUAAUUGGUUAAGUGUAAUUUUUUUAUAUGUAAAAAUGCAUGUAUCCAGCGAAGCAGUGGUAACAAUUUAGUUUAUAUUUAGGUUAAUUCAUGUUGCAAUCAAUCUUGCCACUAAAAAUUUUACAGUAUUCGACUUGCCAUAAAAAACAAGCGCUGUUAAAUUUAUUUUGCUGUUAUUGUAUAAUUUUUUAAAUACGUAAACUCAAAGAAUCUGUUAGCAUUUGUAAGAACGCUUCUUGUUCACUUUGUAUGUCUUAUGUAUAACCAGCGUCCGUCCUAUGUAAUUGUAAUGUGUUUUCUUUUAACAUUUUGUUGCUACUGCAUUAUUCCUAUAUGGUUAAUUAGUUAUUUAUUAUACUGUGCAAUAUAAUUUUUUAGGGUAUUUUUAAGUUUUGCAUGAUAAUUUUUUGGAAACAUUUAAUUUGUAUUAUUUGCAUGUAAAGCUAGUCUUAUUGUAUAGUACAUAUUUUUAUUUUGAUUCUAAUCCUAUAUGUUUUAUAAUAAUUAUAACAUUGUAUAACCCUUUUCUUAUAUUAAUGCUUACCCCACCCGUUUUGCAACGUUAACGCAUCUACAAAAGGAUUUUAAUGAGUAUCUAAAUUAAUUAG